UAAAGACCCAAAUUUAUAAGCUUACGACACAUCCAAUAAAACAAGGGUUUAAUUGUUUUGAAAUUAACUUUUGGGAACUUUUGGGGGCGCCAAGUUCUUGGGGUGCGCGGAAGGGUUCGGAGCAGUAAAUCAGUGCUACUGGCGUCCACGGUCCAUCUUCAUCGCAAGUCGAACUGAGCCCUACAAUUGUUUAGCUACUGCCACGUGUGCCUUGUGCGCUCGCCCGCUCUCAAGUCGAACUGAGUCCUCCGGCCUCUACUUCUUCUAGCUCUCUGAGGCGCUGGUCUUACGAUUUUCGGGGGUCUUCGUCCUCAUAUGAGUAAGCCAUGGCCAUCGCGUGCUAUUGAGAUAUUUUCUGUAUUUGUUGGCCGACAAAACUCAAAUGCAUUGCGAAUUUAUGGUUCACUUGAAAUUUUAUCCGAUGAUCAUCAAAUUUGUUUGAUAUUCAAGAGAGAUAGGAAUGAUGCUUUGGACUUGUUAAAACACCUGGAAUCCACAAUUGGUGUACUAGAUGGCCUUCGGGGCUAUGAGGAGUGUCCAUUGGAAAUCAAGAUUGACCUAAAGGACGCCGAAGACCGUUUGUCUAUUAAGGGCUAUGUGGAUUGGCAGGCUUCGGCUCUUGAGAGUUCAUCAUGGUGUGACAAACAACUCUGCAAUGUAUUCCAAGGUGAAAAUGGAUUUGCUACUGUGCACUACUCCAUUUUUUCAAAAGCUGUACAAGCGGUGAUCAAGACUUCUUUGAAUUUCAAAAUGGGUUAUGUUAAUGAUUGUUCUCAGAAGGUUUAUGGUAGCCUCAUUGCUCAUUAUAACUGCUUUGACUAUUCUUCACGGUAUACCAAGGAGUAUUAUCGGAGUGUUCUGUUUAGGAGGAUUGAAGAUGAAGUUAUAGAACUAAAUGCUGAUUCUACAUUGCCACUUUCGAGAUCUAUGGUCGUGGUGCCCGCAUAUUCCUCCCUUGUUAUUGAUGUAGAUCUAGACAUAUCAGGUCAAAAGUUGUUAUGUACUCAAGAGAUCAAGAUCGGUGAAGGUUGGAAGACUAUAGAGAUCAAUGAUUGUUUGGUUUGUUUUGAAUUGGAGUGGUGCGAAAUUAAGUGAUACUCCCUUUGUUCACUUUGUACUCAUUUCUUUGCCCUGUAUGGAUAGAAUCGCUAUUCUAGAUGUAUUGUAGAUUUGUGGAGACUGGAGUGUCUUCAAGUAGUAAAAUAUUACUAUCGGCAUGUUGUCCUAAUUUUGUUGCAGAGAAAUCAAGAAAUGUGUUGGUCUUUUAGAUGCAUUUGCUUUUUCAUGUUCAGGGAAUUGUGAUCUGUGAAUUGUGAUCAGGGAAUUGUGAUCUCUUUUUAGAUGCAUUUGCUUUCUCAUGUUCAGGGAAUUGUGAUCCCUGAAUUGUGAUCAGGGAAUUGUGAAUAUUUUGACUUGUUGG